AUGGCCGCCAAUGGAAUCGGCAUCGCCAACUUGCCCAACCAGAGGCACAAGAUUGUCGCCAAGGCUGGCGGCCACUUUACCCUGAUGGUCGUCGGCGAGAGCGGCGUCGGAAAGACGACCCUCAUCAACACCCUCUUCAGCACCGAGCUCGCCACCGGAAAGGACCACACAAAGCGCCACAUCAAGCAGCUCGACAAGACCGUCGAGAUCGACAUCAUCAAGGCCGAGCUCGAGGAGAAGCAGUUCAAGGUCAAGCUCACCGUCAUCGACACGCCCGGCUUUGGCGACUACGUAAACAACCGCGACAGCUGGACCCCCAUCGUCGACUUCAUCGACGACCAGCACGAGCUCUACAUGCGCCAGGAGCAGCAGCCCGAGCGAAAGGAGAAGACCGACCUCCGCGUCCACGCCUGCCUCUACUUUAUCCGCCCCACCGGCCACACCCUCAAGCCCCUCGACAUCGAGACCAUGAAGCGCCUCGGCACCCGCGUCAACCUCAUCCCCGUCAUUGCAAAGGCCGACACCCUCACCCAGAACGACCUUGCCGUCUUCAAGCAGAGGAUCCGCGAGGUCAUCAACACACAGGGCAUCACCAUCUACAACCCUCCGAUUGAGGCCGACGACGAGGCCAGCGCCGAGCACGCCAAGACCCUGAUGGGCGCCAUGCCCUUCUCCAUCAUUGGCAGCACCCAGGACGUCCAGACCGCCGACGGUCGCACCGUCAAGGGCCGCGACUACCUCUGGGGAGUCGCCGAAGUCGAGAACGAGGAGCACUGCGACUUCAAGAAGCUGCGCUCGCUGCUCAUCAGAACCCACAUGCUCGACCUCAUUUCGACGACCGAGGAGACGCACUACGAAAACUACCGCCAGGCGCAGAUGGAGACGCGCAAGUUUGGCGAGCCCAAGGUCAAGAAGCUCGACAACCCCAAGUUCAAGGAGGAGGAGGAGCUGCUGAGGAAGCGGUUCACCGAGCAGGUCAAGCUCGAGGAGGCACGCUUCAGGCAAUGGGAGCAGCACCUCAUCGCCGAGCGAGACCGGCUCAACAAGGAUCUCGAGACGGCGCACGGCUCCAUCAAAGGCCUCGAGGCAGAGCUCGACGCCAUGCAGAACGGAUACGGCCGGGGCUCGCAGAGGCGAUAG